GCUGGACCUUGCAGCUGCUGGAUUGUGUGGUCCAUGGUUGUGUGGGUGUGAUCCGCCUUCGGCUUGCUGACGCUCUGCUCUGUACUUUUAUUGGAGCCUACAUACUGCAAUUGAUAGACAAGGGAAUUCUAAGUCGUACCGGUGUACCUGGGGGAAAAAAAAAAAAGAAAAAGAAAAAGAAAGAAAGAAAGAAAGAAAGAAGGAAACCGGAAUCGAACAAAAUGGAUCUCUCAUCGACUGCCUCGCAUGAUGACCUCUCCGUGGGGGAUGUGUUUACCCCCCAAGCUGACAUGUCGCACCUUAAGCUGGAGGUCGAUCUAAGCGUCAGUCAAGAAACCGGCUUUCGGAUGAGCGCGCGCAGCCCCCAGCGCAAAUCCGGCCCCGCCAUAGCAGAUCCCAGCGAGCGCAGCCCCUUCCCGACUCUAGAGGCCAACCCGUUGACCGCAAAGGCCAACCGACGCAACAAGAAGAAGAAGAAGCCCCAGGUUUACGAAGCAACUCCGGCGCUCUCAACUGUUCGUGGGUUUACUCCUCGCGGUUCCGGUGAUGAGGAUUCCGAUAUCUCGGCUGCUAGCUCUCGCGCGCCUAGUACUCGCCCGCGGGCUCCGACUGCGAGUAAUGGAACCAGCCCCAUGCUGCAGCCCGCUUCUGGAGGGGGAAUUAGCGCUCUCAGGCUCCAGCUUGAUUCGAUGAAUUUGUCUGGUACCAACAGUCCUCGCCGUCGCGCUGUCGCGACGGAGAGUCUUUGCUCUGCGACGCCUAGCAACGCCAGUAUCUAUUCCGACAGCGAUGAGACUGAGAUUUUGACCUGUUAUGAAGUGCCUUUGGAACAUGACUAUGUUAGUCUUGACGCUGCCGCGGAGGAAAAGGAACAGGAGGGGCGAUCCGAGACCACCACCAGGGCCCAGGAUGAUGUGCGCACUCAGUUAUGCCGGAAGAUGACCACUGGUGACUUUGAACCGCUGCUCUGCCUGGGCAAGGGGUCUUUUGGAACUGUAUUGCUGGUACGCCAUGCUCUAACGGGGAAGCUUUAUGCGCAGAAGCAGUUCAAGAAGGCUUCUCUCACUGUGCACAAGAAGCUUGUGGAGCAGACCAAAACCGAACGCGCAAUUCUCGAGAGUGUUAACCGCCACCCGUUCGUCGUGAAACUCUUCUACGCCUUCCAGGACCACGAAAAGCUCUACCUCAUCCUCGAAUACGCCCAAGGGGGGGAGCUUUUUACCCACCUUGCCAUGGAACGCAUGUUUGGCGAAGACGCUGCCGCCUUUUACAUGGCUGAGAUGGUCCUGGCUCUGGAGCAUUUGCACCAAAACGUCGGCGUGAUCUACCGCGACCUCAAGCCCGAAAAUUGCCUGCUCGACCACGAGGGCCACCUCCUCCUCACGGACUUUGGCCUCAGCAAGAUUGCCGUCAAUGACGACGACCGCUGCAACUCCUCUCUCGGUACGAUCGAGUACAUGGCCCCCGAAGUCGUCCAGGGUAAAUCCUACGGUAAGGCCUGCGACUGGUGGUCUCUCGGCGCCCUGGGCUACGACCUCCUCACGGGCUCGCCCCCCUUCAAGGCAAACAACCACGCCAAACUCCAGGAGAAGAUCCUCAAACAGAAGCUCGCCCUGCCUUACUACCUCGGCCCGGACGCAAAGGACCUUCUCACACGUCUCCUCCGCAAGGAACCUUCCAAGCGUCUAGGCUACCACAUGCCGAAGGACCUCCAAACCAUCAAAUCCCACCGCUUCUUCCGCAAAAUCGACUGGCGCGCUCUCGAGCGCCGCGCCGUCACGCCCCCGAUUAUCCCGGUUGUCACAGAUCCCGCCCUCGCAGAGAACUUCUCCACCGAUUUCACCCAGCUCCCGCUUAGUCCCGUUGAUGGGCCCGGUAUAGGAUUCGAUGAGUACUAUGCCUCUGCCACGGCAGCGAGACAGUUACCACCGCGCGGCGGCGGCGGCGGCGAUGGAGCAGGAGCUGGAACAGGAGCCGCAGGCGACCACCGUGCCGGUAUCAUGGGCGGCGGGGAAAACGACCCGUUCGGUGGAUUUAGUUUCGUGGCCUCCAGCAGUCUAUUUGAUCAUGAUAACCGGGUUGGUGGUGUCAUGACCGCGGGGUAUUGAAUAUAUGGUAGUGGUUUUUCGGGGGUGACAUUUUGCUUUUCUUUGCACUUCUUCCUAGAGCUAUGGAUUUGGGUCGGAAUUGUUUGUCUGUUCGUUUCUAGCGCUACUGCUAUUACUACUGCUGCUGCUGCUGCUGCUGCUGCUGUUGGUAGUAUUUACACUCAUUUGAAUACCAUCACCAAUCCAUAUCAUUUACUAUUAUCCUUCC